UCAAACGCGAUAGUGCCAAAUAAAUAAAAAUGGUUAAAAAUAAUAAUAUAUAAAACAAUGUGAUUCGACAAUUAUUUUUUACGGAAGAACUAUAAAGAGUUUUAAUAAUCACGCAACAUGGUGCGAUUCAAAAACAGAUACAUUACGAUAGAAAUAGUCCCUCAGGGAAAUGAGGACAAGCCUCUGGUUUUGAAAACCACUGCAUUGCAUCUUGCGAUACAGGAUAAAGUACAGAAAUUGUAUGGUGAUUUUGGUCAGGCUGCAAUCAAAGCUGGAUUUAAUGCUAAAUACUGUAAUACACAUACAAGAAUCGCUCUAAUAAAAGUCCGCCAUGGACCUCACAAAUUCGUGAUUGAUUCUUUGCCUUUCAUCAGUGAUGUCGGAGGUCGUUUGGUCAAAGUGAACAUAAUUUAUGUUGGUGCCACCAUGAAACACUGUUUUAAUUACAUAAAGAAACAUCAACGGAAAAAAUUGGAAGAAUUGUGGAGUUCAUUGAGAACCGACAUGGAGCGUAAACAAAUGCAGGAUGCUCUUACGACCUUGACACCUGCUAUGAAGGAUUUCCAAUAAAGCAACAAAAAAAGGGUUCACAAAAAACUUGUCAAUUGAAAUCUUAUCAGAAUAUUUUUCAUGUACAUCAGUUUUUUUCUAUUAAAACUCAAAUUUUUUCUGA